AUGGACAAGAGCGGGGGACGGGGAGUGGAGAAGAAGCCGCCUGAAGAGACUAGCGGCAGCGCCGAGACACAGCAGCCUCUUCCCCCUGGGUGGAGCGAGGCCAUCGCGCCCGAAGGCAAGGCUUACUAUCGCAACCACGCAGACAAUACCACCUCUUGGGACCGCCCGGUGCUCGCCCAGGCCGACAACAACGCCCUCAUAAAGGCCGCAGCAGUAGCAGCGGCAUCAGGGCCCAAGCCACGCCAGCGGGAGAGGGCUUGCCUUCCCCCCCUGCGGCCUCGGCGUGCGUCCGUCGGAAAGUGUGUAAACAUUGCACUGUAG